GACGUUACCGGCCGGGGUUCGGAGAUCGUCUGUGCUUCCACAGGGGUGCUUCGGGCGCUUUCUGUUUGUCCUGGUCACCUGUGUAAGCGCCUUGGACACCGAGCAGCGUCCUCAGCUACUUUUAAUGGUAGACAUGGAGAAAGUCCCAACUUAAGGACUCAGCUUUCAGCAGUUAGCAAGUGGCUUACCUGAUGAACCAAGAAAAGCUGUCCUCGUUUGGUUCAGUGUUUCCUGAAGUUAUGUCCACCUGCAGAAAGCUGCAUUUUACCAUCUGGGUUUCAAGCAUUAAGGAUUUUUUGGGUUGUUUCUCAGCAUAAAUCUUAUUUACGGUUUUGAAAGUUAGGAGGUGUUUUCAUGCAUCAGAGUUAGCAUCUCAGAGGGUUAAAGGAUGCUCACCUCCAAACGGGUCACCAAGGGGAGUUCCUUUUAAAUCCAAAUCAAGUCUUUUAGCUUCCACAUGUUACCUUUCUGCUAGUUCUGCAAACAUUUGCUCUGCCCAAUUUUAUUUUACACAGUUUCCAAUUCAGAGCAAGCUCAGCCCCGUUCUGGCUUUUGUUUGCCUGUGCCCUCUUGACCAGAAUGUGAACCCCUGAGGGAAGCUACAGUCCUCGGGAAAGAGCACAGGGCUGAGUAUGGAGACCUGAUCGGGCAGGGACGCAUGUCAGCCCCACACACCAGCUUGCAUGGGCUUCCCCAGUGGCCGCCACAAGACGAAUGUGUGGAGAGGGCUUUGUGACUCAGACCCGGCAGGAUGUCUCUCCAAGAGUGUGCGCUUAUGUGUCUGUGUCCUUCCUUGCCUGUCUGUGCCCUUACCCAUCUAUGCCGUGCUGUGGCCUAGGCGCUCAGUGUGACAGCAGUAUCCCAUUUGAAUGAGUCUGGCCCAGAUUAUGGAUUCAGGUGUUUGCCCUCAAGAUCUGAUGCUUUCGGUAGACUGUCACACGCGGCACAGAAAGCCGCAGAGCAGAGGAGCCUUGGGUGAACUCUGGGUUUUGUUUCCGUCAGUUAUCGAAAACCAGAAGCAACUUCAUUUCUUGCUUGCUUCGACGAGCCUCAGAGCGGGAACAUCGAAGUUGUGGCCUUCCAGAUUUAGAAAGCACCAUGGCCAGCCCACGGACCAGGAAAGUUCUUAAAGAAGUCAGAGCCCAAGAUGAAAACAACGUGUGUUUUGAGUGUGGAGCAUUCAACCCCCAGUGGGUGAGCGUGACCUAUGGCAUCUGGAUCUGCCUGGAGUGCUCGGGGAAGCACCGCGGGCUUGGGGUGCACCUCAGCUUUGUGCGCUCUGUUACCAUGGACAAAUGGAAGGACGCGGAGCUCGAGAAGAUGAGAGCUGGGGGGAACGCGAAGUUCCGAGAGUUCCUGGAGUCUCAGGAGGACUAUGACCCGUGCUGGUCCCUGCAGGAGAAGUACAACAGCAAGGCCGCAGCCCUCUUCAGGGACAAGGUGGCCGCCCUAGCUGAAGGCAGAGAAUGGUCUCUGGAGUCCUCGCCUGCCCAGAACUGGACCCCACCCCAGCCCAAGGCGCUGGCGACCACUGCCCACCGGGCCUCUGGCCACCCACAGAGCUCCACCGGCUCCUCAGACAAGGCGUUUGAAGACUGGCUGAAUGGCGAUCUCGGCUCCUACCAGGGGGCCCAGGAGAACCGUUACGUCGGGUUUGGGAACACAGUGCCCCCCCCCAGGAGGGAAGACGACUUCCUCAGCAGUGCCGUGUCGUCCCUGUGCUCGGGCUGGAGCAGUUUCACCACCGGAGCGAGCAAGUUUGCCUCGGCUGCCAAGGAGGGUGCAACGAAAUUCGGAUCUCAAGCAAGUCAGAAGUUUUGGGGCUCCAAGCAGCAGCCAGAGCCGGCUUCGGAGCUGGGCCACAGUCUGAACGAGAACGUCCUCAAACCCGCCCAGGAGAAGGUGAAGGAGGGAAAGAUUUUUGAGGAUGUGUCCAGUGGGGUCUCUCAGUUGGCGUCCAAGGUCCAGGGGGCCGGCAGUAGGGGCUGGCGGGACGUCACCACCUUUUUCUCUGGGAGAGCGGAGGACCCCUCGGACAGACCCCCGGAGGGCCAGAGCUCCCGGAGCGGCGGUGGGGACAACCCCCAGAACACCGUCGACCAGAGCUUCUGGGAGACCUUCGGGAGCGCCGACCCCGCCAGGGGCCACAGGUCCCCAAGCAGCGACAGCUGGACGUGCGCGGACGCCUCGGCCGAGAAGCGGAGCUCGGACAGCUGGGACGUGUGGGGCUCGGGCUCCGCGUCCAACAACAGGAACAGCGACAACAGCGACCUCGGGGAGGCCUGGGGGGGCAGCGGGGAGGGCAGAGCCAAGGCCCCCAAGAAGGCGGUGCCGCCGGCGGCUCCGGUGGACGAGGGCUGGGACAACCAGGACUGGUAGGCCCCGCCGCGCGCCGGCCCCCAGCAGCUGGGACGGCCACCGCGUCUGCACUUGGUCCCCACGUCUCCUCCCGUCUGACCCAAGAAACCAGCUGUGGCGCGAAGACGGCACCUCGGGUGGGAGCCUGCGGGCGGGGCUGCCCGCUCACGUGGGCACUGGCCCUCCUGUGGUGGCCUGGCGACGAGGAGGGCGGGGUCCCGCCCCCGCAGGAGGCAGGCUGCGCCAUCGUUCCGUAACGCCCUCGCUAAUAAACCCUCCCGGGUGGCCGCACCGCA